GUCAUAUUUUUUGAACUAUGGCUCUGAGUUUAACCUUUGUGAGAGAAAUAAACCAGGUACUUUUCAUUGGAAAUUCCGGUGUGAAGGAAGUGAUACUAAACAGGCCUCAAAAGCUGAAUAGUCUCAAUCACGAAAUGGUAAGUCAGAUGAAGGAGGGAUUAACGUUGUAUGAGAAUGAACCGUCAGUUAAACUGGUGAUUUUGAAGGCUAAUGGAAAAGCUUUUUGUGCUGGCGGUGAUGUGAUAUCAGUAAUUACUUCUUCAGUUGCAGGACAUUGGACCUACCCAGCAAGCUUUUACAAGAAACAGCUCAUGUUGGACCAUUUAAUAGCAACCUACAAAAAGCCAAUGGUGUGUCUGAUUAAUGGAGUGGUCAUGGGAGGAGGAGCUGGCCUAUCCAUGAACACAACUUUUAGAGUUGUCACUGAAAAAACUGUGUUUGCCAUGCCAGAAGCAUCUAUAGGGCUCUUUCCAGACGUAGGUGCUUCAUACUUUCUCUCAAGGCUUCCUGGCUAUUUUGGAGAUUAUCUGGGGUUGACAGGAACUCGUUUGAACGGAGCAGAAAUGCUUAAAUGUGGCCUAGCUACUCAUUUUGUCCCUUCAAAGAAGCUAAAUUUGCUGGAAAAUGCCCUGCAAUCCAUUACAACUGCAGAUAUGUCAACAAUUGCCACAUUAAUUGACAAAUUUACUGAUGAAAUAGCUUAUCUUAAGGAAGACAGCCCCUUGAGGAGACUGGACACAAUCAACAAAUGUUUCUCAAAAGGAUCUGUUGAGGAAAUUGUUCGAUCCUUGGAAAAGGAAAUAGAAGUUAAUGGAGCAGAAAAGUGGAUAGCAGAUGCGUUAAGUUACAUACGUGCAUCUUGUCCAACGAGCCUCAAGAUAUGGCUCAGAUCAGUGAGAGAAGGUAGAGGACAAAGCAUUGAACAAUGCCUCUGUCGAGAUUACAAUAUUGCCUGCCAUUUCUUUCGAAGAACUGUUAGCAGUGACUUCUAUGAGGGUUCAAGAGCAAAGCUAUUUCAUAAGGACAACAAGGCUGUGUGGGAUCCUCCAAAGCUGGAGCUGGUAAGUGAAGAAAUGGUAAAUCAGUACUUCAGGGAGGUUGAAGAUGACAAUUGGGACUGCCUGCAACUUCCUCACAGAUCAAGCAUUAGCAAGCUGUAGACUGAAGCCAUGUGGAAUAGUUAUAUAUGGCAUGGAUCUGAUUAAGGUCUUGGGUGAUUAUUAUUCUAGGCUUGUUUUAGACGAUAAUAACGUUGCAUAAAUAGCAUGGACUUGUUAUUAUUGGACAAGGAGUCAU